CAAAGAAAUUUUGGGCCCAAGUCAAUGCACGGAAAUCUAACAUGGAUGCAGUUUGCGUGACCGGACCCCGUUGACAUCGAAGCAAGCCUGUCGGGCCCGAAGACACUUCUAGUACUAGUUUUUACUGGUAGGCCUACUGUUAUAUUCAGCAAGGUCCAUAGGCUAAGCCUGGAUAUAAUGCCGAGGAAAUGUGCAGUGUAGGUACUACAAUUCAGUGCUAAGAAGUGCAAUGGUGCAAGUAAAAAGGGACCGUGAAGUGUAACGUUUAACUGCACCUCUGAACACUCAUUAUCAUGAUAGUGACGACAAGGCACUUCCGGCGAGGGCAUUCCACCAAGCAUGGAUGCACCAAGUGAGAGUGGGAGGGAAGGAAGAAUAACGGUAGAGCUGUAUUCAGGCUGAUGUUGAAAGGGUGUGAUAAUUCACCAUUGCCAGACAGUGGCCAAGGAUGACACUGCUGUGAGACCGUGGACCUGGAAUGUCGUGGCUCCAUGCAGAAGCCGAAUCUCAGGGUUCGACACCGACCUACCUGUCUGAGCUGGGCUGUUCUGGUGUGGAGGUGCUUAGCCCAACGACUGUGCUCCUGCACUGACUGGGCGGGGCCUUAUCUUUCUCGUCGUUGAUUUGGGAUCCUUAAGGCAAACAAUGUGACAGACAGUAACAUCCUUCAUUGCCAUAGAGACAGCAUCCUUCAUUGCCAUGGAAACAUUUUUGCUUUCAUGGGGUUUCCCAUCAAGAUCCAUUACUUUGUCCUCAACAGAAAGGGAGUUGUUCACAAGUCAACAUCCAGUCUGUUCCUAUUUAUCCAUCGCUCGCCAUCAAGCUUUCAAGAGGAGAUCACAAAUGGAUGAAGAGUUAAUGCCUCCAUGGUCAAUUGAAAUUGACGCUCCAAAAUGGAAAGGGACAGCAAACAAGGACAGGCCCCUGGCAAAAAGAGGAAGACCUCCCAUUGCCAAACUGUUUCCCGGCAUUGUGGACACCGCAAAAAAAAUCAUUGAAGAGAACGGCUUUGAGGCUCACAGGCAUCGGGGAUCGACAACAGGGAAAUGUGGCACAUCUUAUCCUAUUAUUAAGCAGCACUUACUGGAAGUAACACCCGGUCUAGUAGAACUCAAAGGAAACAUAGGAAUAAAUACUAUUCACCAGUGGAUGAAACCACCGUCUCUAAGGAACAGUGCUACAAAGAGAUUGGCCUCAUAGACACCAAGGUGGCUGCGAAGCCUAACAACAGGAGGAAAGAGAACGUCAAUGACCAUUAUUACUCUGCUCGAGUCAAGUAUAAAAGAGAGGCUUGCAGCAAGUUCGCUGACACCUUGGUAUUGUUCUCAGUUGACAACAAGAACAAGCUGCAUGUAAGCUCGCGCACCCCUCCAGUUGACCGGAGAUGUUCUGUCACAUGGUUUUUCCCAACUGAUGACAGCCCCAACCUCUACGACCAUGACUUUCCUACACCAGGGUACCUGAUGACGCCAGCCGGGUACAUGCAAAUGACACCUCCAUCCCCACCUGUGCUGAUAAUUGACAAGCUUGGAAGACAGAGCUAUCGGCUUCCAGAGUGCACUGCCAUUGAUGUUGUGAAUAGAGGCCCUCACACAAAAACAACUGUUGCAAGCCACUCCAAUGAUUUGAUGCCCUUGAUAGAGAGAAUUGGGAAAUCUUGUGUGACGAUCGUUGCGGAUGGUGGUGCAGACAUUAAUGUCAAUGAUCUGACGAAUGAGUGCAACCACAUUCUGUCCUGGCUUCUCAGCGCAUAACCCCAUAGAGCAUGUAUGGGGAGUUCUCACCACUGCAGCAACAUCAGUAUACCUACCAGAUGCCUUGCCUGAUGAACUCCCUCCAACACAGCAACACUUGACCGGGCAAGCAUUGAAGGAGCAAGAAGGGCAAGUGUUUGAUGCUGCUCUGGAAACUCUGGAAGGGUACUGGAAGGGGUUGACACAUAGUAAAGUACCUAUCAAGGUUAGCCACAGGAAGAGCAAGGACAGACCCAGCCCAUACACAAACGAAGACUAUGACCAGGCACACCAAUUUCUUACUUGGCCCUACGGGGACAUCAAGAACGCAGAAAACUUCCUGGACGACAUGAAAUUCUUCAAGACACAUCUGAAUUGCAGAGUUGGCAUGGUCAUUUUUACAAAAUGUCCACCAACCGACCCGUGCCAACACAGUGCUGAUAGACCAUCGAGGAAUCCCGAGGCAGUUGCAUUCUACCAAAACUUUCUGUCACCAACCCCAUCCCAACUUAAUCCAGAUCACUUCUUGACAUUUUUGGAGGCCAUCAAAGCAACCCUGGGCUCCCCAGAUGAGUAUAUGCCAGACGUCCAAGAGAAGGCGCCAGGAAGCUGCAACCUCUGCAAAUUCACCUUUACAUCCGAAACGAACAGAAAAGAUCUCAGAAGGAUGAUCCACUUACGAGAGCGUGUCCACAAGAAGCUUUAUAUGGCAGGGAUACUGGUGGUUGCAGGCGAUGGAGGGGCAGCCUUCGGUGAGAGGACUGUUGGUGAUGGAGUUGAUGCAGGCGAUGGAGGCACAGCUGUCGGUGAGAGGACUGUUAAUGGUGGAGUGGAUGCAGGCGAUGGAGGGGCAGCCGUCGGUGAGAGGACUGUUGGUGGUGGAGUGGAUGCAGGCGAUGGAGGCACAGCCGUCGGUGAGAGGACUGCUGGUGAUGGAGUGGAUGCAGGCGAUGGAGGCACAGCCGUCGGUGAGAGGACUGUUGGCGAUGGAGGGGCAGCCAUUGGUGAGAGGACUGUUGGUGGUGGAGUGGAUGCAGGCGAUGGAGGGGCAGCCGUCGGUGAGAGGACUGCUGGUGAUGGAGUGGAUGCAGGCGAUGGAGGCACAGCCGUCGGUGAGAGGACUGUUGGUGGUGGAGUGGAUGCAGGCGAUGGAGGCACAGCCGUCGGUGAGAGGACUGCUGGUGAUGGAGUGGAUGCAGGCGAUGGAGGCACAGCCGUCGGUGAGAGGACUGUUAAUGGUGGAGUGGAUGCAGGCGAUGGAGGGGCAGCCGUCGGUGAGAGGACUGCUGGUGAUGGAGGGGCUGUAGGCGACGUAGGGGCUGCCCAACAAAAUCAAAUUGGAAAAAUGUUUCUCAGAAACAAGAGUGCAGUAAGAUUACAUCCAUGCUGGUCAUGCCGUUGUGCCGUCGUGGGAGGGAGCCAGUAGAUGAUCAUGCCCAUCUGUUCCACUUUGUCUCUUGCAGUCAUGAAAGAACAUUGUUCAGGUUGAUCGGGUGCACUGACAUGAUGUUCAUUGGUCGUACUCGUGACCGGUAGAGCAAACAUUUGAGGAAGGCAACGAAGGGCGUAACCCUGACAGAAUGCUGGAAUGUGCCUCGUGGAGAAAAAAAAACUUGAGGUUUCUCCUGCACCUGCCCCAGUGGCUGGAUCAGAAUGACCUGUACAUAAAGAAAGUCUACCGGUACACUGCCUGACCUACGGGGACCCCCAAACCGCAUCUUUGAUGGCAGGCAUUUUGACUUGAUGGGCGAGUAUAGCCACAUUUUCUCCUUGUGCCAGCUCCAUGUACACCACCAUGAAAGAACUGAUCAUCAGUUACUUGGGCAUGGAGAUCAGGCUGGUUCCGGAUGUACAUAUGCAUAGAUGUCAAUGAUGCUGUCCAGACAGCACCUCUCAUUGUUACUCCCAGUAUAAAGAUCUGUUGUCUUAGCAGUGAUACUGUUGUUACAGCAGUGUUCUUUGGCAAUCAUGAAGUUGUCUGAAGCCUGGCCUGUGCUGGGAAUGCAACUGAGCAGCCUGAUCAGUGUGAUGGCGCUAUUGAUGCACAGUGUCCUGAGACAGGGUGCUCGUCGUUGCUUCAGUCUUGCACGGUGGUGUGAGAAGCUGUCCAAGAAAUGCACUGCUGCUGUGAUAUUCGCAUUGAUAGGUAAUGUAGACAUGCUGAAAGUGUUACUGAAGGAAAAAGCGAAUCAAUAACCUCUUUUCCAAAUAACUUUAUUUCAAAGAAUGGUAAUUUUAAUUUAUAUAUCCAGUUCACCAUACUAACCUGUUGAGUUGGAUCAAGUUUAGGUUUUCUUUUUAUUGAUACACCUUGUCAAAUGCUUCAUGAAGAGUAAAUGGUGAAGGGCUUUUCCUUAUCCUUUGAUUACAUUUCAGCCUUUAUUUUUAGCACCUUAUCGAUUGUUUAAUUUCAUACAAUUAACUGGAUAUAAAGGGGCGAUAUUAUCUUCCCACAAGACACGGUGAAGGGGUUUAUUUACGAGCACCAUAUGCACAUUUUGUAAACAUCUAGCUGCACUUACAUCUUUGGGCCCAAUGCACAAAAAGGAGUUGGAAACAGUUUGGCAAGGGAAGAUGCAGAACAAGCUUCUUUGGUGGACGCCAGACCCCCCCCCUCCCUUUUUCAAAGGGGCCAAGAAAAUGUGGAAAUGUUUUAUGCAAUCUUAUAUGGCCUGUCUUAGGGGUGGGGACUUGCAUGUUGGAACCUUCUACAUUGUUUCCUCUCAUUUUUUUACACACAAAAAUGGGCUCUUUUUGUGUCAAUUAAAGAUAUUUCAACUGUUAGUUUUGCGUGCUCCUUGUUUAUUUUUUGUUUGGUUUACUUGAAUUUGCUCCUUUCCUUUUUUGGGGGGGGGUUUCGAAUUUUUAUUCUUUCCAUGAACAAGUUGAUGACAAAAGAAGCUGUUUUUUUUUUUUACUUUUCCAAAACGUUCGAGUGCACUUUUAAAAAAAAUAUAGAUUUAUUUGAAUGAAGAGGCUCCACCUGGAUCCUGGAGCAUUUAAUUUAGUAAUAUUAUCAAAGAAAGGGGUUUACUUUCACUUUUUUUUCGGUAGGAUGGAUUGUAAACCACCCUGGAUCAAACCGCUGUGGUUUAUUUAGAUCACAAAUAGAUAAACGUGUUUCUGCGACAAUUGCUUCGCUAAAUACUGGUUUCAUUUGAUGCCUUUUAUAAAAUACUGAGCCAUUGGAGGAAUUCUAUUGAAGGUCCACACCCUCGGCAACAAAAGAAAGCGCGUACCGCUGUUCAGUCUUUGGCAUGUUCUCCCCACAAGUUCCUUCAAAGAUAUGCACAACAGCGGAUCCCUAUAACACACCUUAAGAAACGAAUGAAUAGCAUUUGUUACCUAUGAUCCUUUCGAAGGCUGUUUCAACUAUUGGUUUACGUCUUAUCGCCACAUUUUAUCCACGAGUGAUGAGCAAAUGCGACGUGUGGUACGCGAACAAUUGUUGAUUUUGCAUGGGCGGGAAUUUAUGCAAAUUUUGAAAUUCCUUUCGCUGCACGCGGUGAUCGAACAUGCGCUUUCCCGGAUCAACGUUUGCCGCGCCGAUGAAGCUUGCAGGUUUCGUGAUUAGCUGCUUUGAAUUUAUAUCAAGAAAAAUCCCCCGUGAGAGCACCCAGAACGUCCUUCUCAACAAGAGAGCAACGAGAGAGGCAUGGUGAUUGUAAGUAGCAAAUGUUUUUGUGAAAAUGCAUUUUGUAGCCUUUAGCCAUUUUCCUCCUUGUAGGGUCUGGGCCAGGCUCAUUUACUUUCUGUUUCAUCCCCAUCCGAUGCUGUCGAAGUAAAGAAAAAAAUUGAUUAGGUUGUCAUGGUAGAAAAUGACGUUAUUAUAGUCGAAAUCUGUGGAACACGAGUAAUGCUGCAGGCCAACCUUCACUCGUCCAGAACCCCAACACAAGAAAAGUAAAGUUAAUUGUGGCCUAUUUCGAGUAUACUAGUAUUCUUGGCAUAUGUGACGUUACAAUUUCCAAUCAGAAAUUUACUAUCAAAUGUUCUUGACAAAGAGCUCCUGAAAACGUUUCAAAAUUGCAAUGUAGCCUCAUUGUGACUGGAAAAUACGAUUUAGACUAUGCCAAUAUUUAAAAUAGAAGGGCUUUUCCCCUAUAGUUCAGUAAGCUUGCUCUGUACGAUUUUCUGCCUCGGAACUCAGUCGCAGCAAAGAAUUAACCAGCGGAAUGGUGAAAGUCUGAUUGAGGGUAAACGAACUUGAAUGUCAAAAUUCGAAAUGUUUCGUCCCAGGGAGAAAUAGUGCCUUUUUAUCUCUAUCGGUUUCAUUUUUGUAUAAAAAAACUUGGCAACACUUUUAAUGAAUAAAACGCGUUGUAGGGUUUUGCACUAAGUUUGGAAUGUCCUGAAACAUUCUCCAAACUUUCCGUCUAGCUUAUGCAAAUGUUUAGGGCCUAGAUAAACUUUUAAAUAAUAAACGUUUAAAAUGAUAUUUAAAAUAGCAAUGAAACGAUUAGCUUCAGCUGUGUGGUUGCAUAUAGACUGUAGUUUGGUUGCUCUUGCCAAGUGCAGGUGCGCGACAAAACGUGCUUGUUCACGUGUAUCAUUUUGUGUUGUUCCCUAAAAAUGAAGCUGCGUUUUUUGCACUUGUGCUGCGAGACCCUUUUUUUAUUUUACUCUAGUGGGCGAAAAUUGUCAGCAAUCUCUGUCAGUGCAAUCAAAUACCCGUUCUGUUACCUAGUUUUUGACUAGUUUUUUCUCUCUGCAAGUAAAUCGGGUUAGAGCUUCUAUUCAGGGUUUCACAAGGAAUUCGGUAAAAUAUCACCCAACGGACACCUUGCUAAAUUCUAUCCUUGAGGCUAAAUUAACAUAUCUCUACAUACCGACCUACCUUGCGUUGAAUGAUUAAAUAGUGCACUGAACAUGCUGCAUCUUUAUACUUAAUGUUGAUUCUUUGCUUCAUGAAAAUUAUAUCCCAUUCUAUCAAGUAGCAUGACUAUUUCAAGUUUUCACCCAAUUGGCAGAAAGUGAUGGUGCCCACUACCCACUUUCUGUGCCUAACAUGGAAAUUUGGCUAAAAAUUAAAAGCAACUUCCUUGCAAUAAUAACGCCAACAAAACACCAUCUUGUUAGGCCGAUUAACCAGUUUAUUAAUGAAGUACAUGUUAGAACAAAGACUAAUUUGAUCUAGAGCAUUCCCUGUCUGCAAUUCUGAGAAACAUUAAGCAGAAAACUGAUCCACUAAGAUACAACUGUUCGAGUGUUGAAAUACGGGUAAAAAGUCACAGGAGCUUCAAGAAGGGAAGUAAAUCACCUGCAUUUAAAAUGUUUAAGAUGCUCAGUUUCCUGCGUAUGUGUCUAACUGCCAUGUCGCAGGUGUCAUUUUAAUGCUGAUGUAAGACUGUGAUGUCAAAUUACUGUAUAAAAACAAUUUUUUUGUCUGGUAUAUACAUUGUACCCACUAAGCGCGACAGGAAUGGAUCUUUUUUUACUUCAAUAUACACUUACUUCACGUAAUUCUUGUUAAGGGUUUCCCCCUCUUUUGUAUGUAAAGUAAAAUGCCUUUGCUACUCCUUUUGCAUCAAAUUGCUGUUUCGGUGUCACUCACAUAUUUCAUUUGUUUUUAUCUUUCACACACCUGAUUUCCAGGGUACAUUGUAAAUGUUAAUAACUACAAUUCAUAACCUCUUGAGAAAUUUGUUGAAGUCUUGUUCAAUACUGAAGUGAGUCUUUUUUAAAAACCACCCUCAAUUGCUACAUUUUUUGGUCGGUUCAAUGCAACUCACUUUUUAAAAAAUUUGCUUCUUCCUUGAAAUGUUAGACAAUUCAGAAAAGAAUUUACAAUUUCUUUUUUGUGUCUUGUUUGUGUUUGCUACAGGGGCGUGGGACUGCUACCUCUACAAAUGAAACGUCUUUCAUUCACCAAGAGGCCAUUGGUGGAGUGGGCAGGAACCCCUCGUGAACCCACCAAAGAAUGGAGCUACAUAGACACACAAGACAGAGGUCAGGUUGACAUUUUUUCUUUGUGAAUAAGCCUGUGGUUUCAUUUAUCGAAACAAAACAACCUGAGACAAUUCUCACCCUUGGCUACUGCAACACGAAGCUUGUUCGAAAUCAAGAAACUCAUGGGAGCACAUUGUCACCAGCUAAAAAAAGAGUUCACCUUGAACAAAAUGCAUGUGAGUGCUUAAUUUGUAAAACUUUAGGCAUACAGUGUUUUUUUGACAAAGGUAGAAACUUACACAAUGCAAUUGGUACUCACGAAGGCCUAGCUAUUAAAGUAAUCAUGCUUUAUGAAUUAUUCAAGCACAGUAUGUUAAAGUCAGGGUUAAUUGGUUACAUUCACAAUCCACAUUUUGUUAUUUGCUUUAAUGUUAUGACUUUAAAAAUGAUGCAUUCAAGAAUAUGCUCUUAUUUCUUCCUUGUUUUCAACUGAUACUUUAUGCAUGGUCUGUUACUUGACAAAGCUAAACUACUUAAGCAGUCGUGUAUUAAGAAUUCACGCACAUUAUUUUGAAUGGUUUGUUCAGUAGGCAAACUAUGUUAAUAACGUUUAGAAUUUUCCCCAAUAGGCAGUUUGUCCAAUUCAUAAUCCAUGACAGCAUUUGUAAACCGUCUAUAGCUGUACAGACCCUCCAAUUUUUUUUGUAUUUUUAAUUUUAAUAAGGGCCCCUUUUGUGUACAUUUUGGAUCUGCCUUGACUACUGUAAAAACGCUGAAAAAAUGCACCUCAGAACAAAAAUGGGAAAAAAUGUACCUUGAAGCAUUCCGUCUUUGAAGGAAAUUUAAUAUCCACUUCUUACUUUUCUUCACCAGAUGCUGAAACAACCGCUCACUCUUCACAACCUUGAUGUUAAAUGAGGGAUUUCGUAAAGGACUUGAAGAUAUAACACUGUCUACAGAUGAAUUAACUCCUAACUUUAUAGUGUGAUUUAUGUAAAGUCUGUGACCCCUUCAUCCCUAAAAUUGCAACUUUAACUUGUUUGCAUAAGCUGCAUGUUUUCAAGGACUCUUACCUAAGAAAGCCUACUGUUUGAAUAACUGUCUCAUAAAGGCAAAGUUUGGACAAAAAAAUGCUGAUGAAAUUGUGCCUAAAACCACAUUUUUGAGUGAAGAGAAAAAUAGCCACUAAAAUUGUUCCCAACUCCAUGUAUUAAAAUUACAUGAGUUACUCCUAAAAAUGUUCUAAACCCCAUGUUUUAGAGUAAAAUUGUCCAAAUGUCACGUUUAAAAAUUACCAUUGAAAGUGUUCCUAACCUCAUUUUUUAAGAGUAGAAUUGUCCAUUGUGUUACAAAAUUGUCAUUGAAAUUGUUCCUUUUCCCAUGCUUUGAAGAAACAUGGCUGAAAUUGUUCCCUAACCACGUUUUAAGUAACGGGAGUAAUUGCUGCUAAAACUGUUCUAACCCCCGUGUUUUUAAGAGUAAAAUUGUACGUCGUGUCACGUUUAAAAAUUUCCAUUAAAACUGUCUGUCCCUUAGCUCAUGCUUUAAACAUUCUAGGAAGAAUCAUGGCUGAAAUUGUUCCUAACCCCAUGUUUUAAAAUUACAAGAAUUGCUUCUAAAGUUGUUCUUAACCCCAUGUUGUAAAAAAUGUGAAUUAUUUAAAGAUAAAAAUUACAAGAAUAAUUGAUACUAAAAUUGUUCUAAGUCCCCAUGAUCUAAAAAAGUGACCUGUUUGCAAAUUCGCAUUUAAAAUUUGCCAUUUAAAUUGUUCGUUACGCCACUUUUUAAAAUGUUGCCAAAAAAUGGCGGAAAUUGUUUCUGAUUGCAUGUAACGGAAGUAAUUGUUGCUAAAACUCAUGUUUUAAGAUUAAAAUUGCAAGAAUAAUUGAUUCUAAAAUUGUUCUAACCCCGAUGUUGUAAAAAAGUGAACAGCUAUGUUUUAAAAAAGUAAAAUUACAAAUUGCAAGAGGAAUAAUAAACGAGCAGAUCUGAUUAUUCUCUGUGGCAUUUAUUCACAAGUUAGAAAUAUUAAACGUAGGUUACUUUGUACAUAUUAAACAAUGUAAUGUUAUUACAAGCUUAAGGACAUGUUCAUUGUGAUUGCUAUUAAAACUCUACUUUGUAGAGACAAAGUUAUUUGAUGUGAUUAAUUACUGCUACACAAAGGACAAAGGACAAAGUGAAUUCUUUGCAACUUCGCAUUUAAAAAUUGACAUUAAAUUUGUUCUAACCCCCAUGUUCUAAAAAA